AUGUCAACCGCAAGCAAGCGUGACGAGGAUGAGGUGAGGGAGGAUGACGGGCCGCCGCAAUAUGGUCCCGAUCUGGACCCAGGUGUCCGUGCUAUGUUCAAGGCUACAUACCAGCACUUCGACAACCGCAUGAAGGCCCUCGACGAGACGGUGACCGACGGGUUCCAGGCUAUGCAAGCAGCCCUCCGUCGCCUAGAGACAAGGGCAGCCGGCGCGGCUGCUCCAGCGAGGGAACAACAUGCCCUGCAGCAGCGAGCACCUCGACAUGUCCGUGACGCGGACGUUGCCAACGACGACAAUGAUGCUGAGUCCGAGGAUGGUUCUGAUGCUCGCGGCAACUUGCCUCGCCGACCACGACAUGAUGCUCGUCCCCGUGAUGAUGGACCAAGGCGGCGCCGCGAUGAGGACGAGGACGGAGCUUUGUUGCUUGCGCAGUUCUGUGCCACAUCUUUGCUAUUCAGUGCUGCAAGUACCAUGCCUGAUUGUCAUUCCAAAAUCCCAGCCAACUUUCCACCGCCUGACACGAUGUCCACUUCCGUUUUAUGCGUCGAUCCAAGUGGGUGUUGCAGGUUUACUAAGGUGCAAAGAGCAAUUGAUUCUAUUCCAGAAAAUAGUUCAAAGAGAACUAUACUGUGGAUUAACAAGGGCACAUACUUUGAAAAAGUAAGAGUCACCAAGCCUAACAUCACAUUUCAAGGGCAAGGCUUAAUGGAUACGUUUAUUGUGUGGAACGACACAGCGAAGACCUCAAGUGGCACGACUUCUAGUGGUUCAGUAGAUAUCAAGGCAGCAGGGUUCAUCGCCAAGAACAUAAGCUUCAAGAAUUCAGCGCCAGUGCCAAAACCUGGUGAUGAGGGUGGACAAGCACUUGCCAUUAGGCUCAGUGGUGACCAAGCAGCAUUAUGGGGAUGUGGAUUCUUUGGUGCACAGGAUACCUUGUUUGAUGAUGUUGGUCGCCACUACUUCAAGGACUGCUUCAUCGAAGGCUCUGUGGACUUCAUAUUUGGAAAUGCAAGAUCACUUUUUGAGAACUGCAUAUUGAAUUCAAUAGCAGAAGCAAAGCCUACCAUAAAGGGCAAUGUGAACGCUGCAAUCACGGCGCAAGCCCGAGAAUCCGAGGCAAACCAUACAGGUUUCUCAUUCGUAAAUUGCACCAUUAAAGGCACUAGUGAAAUAUUGCUUGGAAGGGCUUAUCGACCGUAUUCGCGUGUUAUCUUCGCUCACACUUACAUCUCCAACAUUCUUGCCUCUCAAGGGUGGAGCGACUUUGGUAAACCAUCAAAUCAACGCACCGUAUUCUAUGGAGAAUACAUGUGUACAGGAGAAGGUGCUAAGCGUACAGAAAGAGUUCCAUAUUCUCGAAGCCUCACUGAUGAUGAAGUCCGGCCUUACUUGAACUCAUCAUACGUGGAUGGAGAAGAUUGGCUGAAGCCAUUUGAUGAUGCGCUCAUCACCUCAUGA